AUGCAGCAGAUGGGUGCCCGAGAGGAUGUCACCGUUGGGAUUCUCGCUUUACAGGGUGCUUUUGCAGAGCAUCAGGUGAUGCUACAGAAGCUCUCAGUGAAGAGGCGGAUCGUCAUCGUUCUUGUCCGCACUGAGGAGGAUUUGCACAAAUGCGAUGCUCUAAUCAUACCUGGUGGAGAGUCGACAACCAUCGCGUUAUUGGCUCGUCUGGCUGGGUUGCUCGGCCCCCUCCGUGAAUUCUUGAAGACGAAACCUGUUUGGGGGACAUGCGCCGGUGCUAUUCUACUUGCACAGUCCAUAGAGGGUGCCAAGAAGGGCGGGCAGGAGCUCCUUGGCGGAAUCUCUGUCAGCGUGGGUAGGAAUGGUUGGGGUUCGCAGGCAAGUCGCAUUCGCAACGUCGUGGAGUCUUUCGAGGCGCCGCUGGAGGUGGAAGGUCUUCGUGACUCAGCUCGACCUUUCCAUGGAGUCUUCAUUCGUGCUCCUGUCAUCCUUGCGCUCUCACCGUCGCCGACAGACCCUCCAAUUCAGAUCUUAUCCCGCAUAUCUACAUCGUUGCUGCCACAGUCGCAAACGCUCGUACCCCACGACGAAGACGAUACGGACCCGCGAGACGCAGGGACAGUUGUUGCGUUGCGGCAGGGCCGUCAUCUGCUCACCACCUUCCACCCGGAACUGACCAAGGAUGACCGCUUCCACGAGUACUUCGUGCGGGAGUGUGUCCUCCCUUCACUCGUGUGA